UGGAGAACCAACACACACACACACACACACAGAACCAAGUAGCAGAACCUGAACCAGAACCAGAACCUGAACUCUGACCUGCACCAGCUGCUCGGCUCCCGGCAGUCUGCGCCCCGCUUGUACCAUCUUUGGCUCAGGAUGACUUCCUGUCUGUUGCCCCUCCUCUUCCUGUUCCCCUGGGUUUCAUCCAUCAUGGCUGAUGAACCAGCUGGCUGCAAAAUCCGCAUCACCAAGAGAGGACUGGACAUGUUGCGAGACGAGACUCAGAAGUUUGUUGAGGAGGAGCUGAGUAACAUCACAAUGCCAGAGAUGAAGGGCAGGGAGGGACGGUUCCAGUACACCAUCACAGAUGUGAAGAUCAUGGAGUUGAACCUGACUCACGCUGAGCUGGGUUUCGAGCCGGGUCUUGGUCUUCUGUUUGAUGUUCAGAACUCGUCCAUCACGCUGAGCUUCCACAGGCGGAUCCUCUACUGGUUCUUUUACGACACAGGAGUCAUCAACGCCUCAGCGGACGGCGUGAACAUCAACACGGCUCUGAAUCUGGUGCGAGACGAGGAGGGUCGGCUGAAGAUCAGCAACGUGAGCUGCGACGCCCGGAUCGCCAAGAUGAGGGCCAAGUUCAGCGGCACCCUGGGGAGGGUGUACGACGUCCUGGCGACCUUCCUGACGACGGGCAUGCGCUUCCUGCUCAACCAACAGAUCUGUCCCUCUCUCAAUCACGCUGCUCUGGUUCAUAUUAACUCCAUGUUAGAGACCAUCCCUGUGCGAGCCGAGGUCGAUCAAUACAUCGGUAUUGAUUACUCUCUUCUGAGCGACCCGGUCGUCACGGCGAGGAGCCUCGACAUGAACUUCAGGGGCAUGUUCUUUGAGCUGGCCGAUGUGAACAGCUCGCUGGUGAACUACGCCGUGGAUCCCGUCAUCAGGGAGUUUGACAGGAUGGUCUACCUGGCGCUGUCCGAGUUCUUCUUCGACAGCGGGAUGUUCUCCUACUUCAAGGCCGGAGUCUUCCAGACGUACAUCGCCAACGAGAGGAUGCCCAAAGACCUGGAGAUGCUGCUGAGAACCACCUACUUUGGCACCAUCAUGAUUCUGAAUCCGGCGCUGGUCGACGCCCCCUUCUCUCUGCAGCUCUCCGUUACCUCGCCGCCCAAAACCACCAUCAAAACAUCUGGAGCAACCGUUGCCGUGACAGCCAUCGUCAUGGUGAUGGUGUUGCCACCUGGCAAGCCGCCAGUCCAGCUUAGCAGUAUGACCAUGGAGGCGAAGUUUAACGCUAUUUCUAUGAAGGGAAAACGUCUGGCUGUUCAUGCUGACCUUCGCAGGUUUAAGAUUUUCUCCAACCAGUCAGCACUGGAGUCUCUGGCUCUGAUCCCCCUGCAGGGCCCUCUGAAGACCAUGCUGCAGAUCUCUGUGGUUCCUCUCAUCAACAACUGGACCAAGAAAGGAGUUCAGAUUCCUCUGGCUGACGGGAUGGACUUCAUCGAGGAAGUGGUGGAGUAUCACAAUGGCUACAUUGUGAUCGGAGCGAAUCUGCACUUCAGCCAAGGCCUGAGGGAGAUUAUCCAGAGGAGGCUGCAGGGAGAAGCCAGCAACUCCACACAAGUCUGAUGAUGUCACCCAGACCCUGACCCCGCCCCCUGGCCCCGCCCCCUGACCCUGAACACACCAGAACAUCUGAGUAACACUGACUGUACAACACUGACUUUACUCAAACUUGACCGUUAGUGUAGCAGGACCUGUUGUUGUUGUUGUUGUUGUUGUUGUUUCUAUAGUGAUGAUCCUGUUUGUUGGUUUAUGAGCUAAAAGGGUAACGGGUGUAUAACACACACUGCACACAGGAAAUUACACUUCACACACACACACACACACACACACACGGUCAAGACUGACUGAACCACAGCACCUUGUGACCCUCACGGUGUGACCCCAUCAAACGUGAUGCCAUCACACGGCAUGAUGCCAUCACACGGCAUGAUGCCAUCAGACGACAUGAUGCCAUCAGACGACAUGAUGCCAUCACACGGCAUGAUGCCAUCAGACGACAUGAUGCCAUCACACGGCAUGAUGUCAUCACACGGCAUGAUGCCAUCAGAUGGCAUGGCAUGCACUCCACCUGG